CAUUCAGACGAGGCACACAGUCUCUCCUCCUCUGCACUAUAAACACACACACACGCAGACACAGACCCUUCACACACACUGCUACAGAGACGAGAGACUUGGACUUCUUUCGCUGGAUAUUUUCUUACAUACGCUUGAAAGCUCUACUGAGGAAUCAUGGGACUGCUGCAAGUCUCUGUCAUCUUUCUUCUUUCUUUCAUCACGAUGACUUUAGCUGAGCCGCCUGGAUGCAAGAUCCGCAUCACUGACAGAGGACUGGAGAUGUUGAAGGCCGAGACAAAGAGGUUUGUGGAAGAAGAGCUGAGUAACAUCACCAUGCCAGAGAUGCGCGGUGAAGAGGGCCGCUUCCAGUACACCAUCAAAGAUGUGAAGAUCACGGAGCUGAACCUGACGUCUGACCUGCGCUUCCAGCCUGACGUGGGGCUUCUGUUCGAGGUGCAGAACUCCUCCAUCACCCUCAACUUCCAGAGACGCAUCCUGUACUGGCUCUUUUAUGAUGAGGGAGCCAUCAACGCCUCCGCUGAAGGUGUCGACAUCUUCACAGUCCUCCAUCUCAACAAAGACAAGGAGGGACGUCUCAAGAUCUCCAAUGUCGACUGUAAUGCAUCCAUCGCCAAGAUGAGGGCCAGAUUUAGCGGGACCCUCGGGAGGGUUUAUGACUUCAUCGGAGCGUUCCUGACUACAGGAAUGCGCUUCGUCUUAAAUAAACAGAUUUGUCCUGCUUUGAAUCAUGCUGCACUGGUUCUGGUUAACCAGCUACUGGAAACAAUCCCAGUGCGCGCGGAGGUGGACAAUUACGUGGGCAUCGAUUACUCACUGCUAAAUGACCCUGUGGUGACGGAAACAAGCCUUGAUAUGGAUUUUAGGGGCAUGUUUUAUGACCUUAAGAAUGAGAACGAGACGCUCGUGAACUACGCUGUGAAUCCGAUAGUGAGAGAGUAUGAUCGUAUGAUCUAUCUCGCUCUCUCUGAAUUUUUCUUUGACAGCGGCCUCUUCUCUUACUUCAAAGGCGGACUGUUCCAAAUGCAGAUUGCAAACGAAAGAAUGCCCAAGGACUUGGAGAUGCUCCUCAGGACCACCUACUUGGGGACAAUCAUGAUGUUGAACCCGGCUCUAAUAGAGCAUCCUCUGUCGCUUGAGUUAGAGGUCACAUCUCCUCCUCGCUCCACUAUCAAGACCUCUGGCGCCAGUGUGGCUGUCAAGUGUAACGUCAAAGUGUUGGUUCUUCCUCCAGGAAAACCAGCAGUCCAGCUCAGCAGCAUGACCAUGGAAGGCAAAUUCAACGCAAAAGUAUCAAUGAAGGGCAAGCGCUUGGCCAUCCAUUUAGAUCUGAGAAGGUUUAAAAUUUUCUCCAAUCAAUCUGCUCUCGAGUCUUUGGCUCUUAUUCCACUGCAAGGUCCGUUGAAAACGAUGCUGCAGAUAUCUGUGGUGCCUCUCAUUAACAAUUACACUAAGCGAGGUGUGCAGAUCCCUCUUCCGGACGGGCUAGACUUCAUUGAAGAGGUGGUGGAGUAUCACAAUGGCUACAUCAUCGUGGGGGCAAACCUACACUUCAGAACAGGUCUGAGAGAAAUAAUCGAGAGGAAGCUGUCGGGUGAGACAGACAACUCAAUUUAAGACCAGAGAAGGGCCAGGCUAACACUACCGCAUGUACAAAGUCAUGCACGGAUACUAAAAUAUGGAGCAAUAAAUGGAGGUUGUAACUAACCUUCCAGCAGAGGCAGGAUGUUUAUUAACUGUACAGAACAUUUGAUUCUCAAGACCUGCUAUCGUUACAGUAAAUUCAACCUAUUUACUCUCUGAAUACACAUUCCUGGUGCAAUUGUGAACAGUUUGCACUUUAUGCCAACAUGCAAUCCCUAUUUUUCCUAAUUAUACUGCUAAUAUAAUGAACAUUGGCAGGGUCUAACAAUUAAUGAGUGCAAAUUACCAACCUUGUCGGCAAAGGCUAUUUUCACUAUUGCUUAGGAAUUUCACCUUUAGCACGAAUAGCGCAUUUUUUCUUUUUACACUUUGUGCAAACAGUAUCUAUCACCAUUUGCUCUCAGUGUAAAUACAGUCUAACUUUUUACACUCAGUGUAAAUAGCCGUUGCAUGAUGAUUACACCAGUAUAAGCAAAUAAGUAUAUAUUUGCAAAAAGCAGCAUUACCGUUUGGAUAUGUAGAGGUGCUCUUGAGGAUGGUAUUUCAGUGGAAAACAGAUCCCCCACAAACCAAUACAAAGUUACAUUUAGACAUGACUCUGUUCUAAUAUCAAACACUCCGUGCAUUAAUACGAAGUACCAAACUACAUUUUUUACCCACAUUUCAGAAGCAAAAUGGGUUGCAAAUACAGGUUCAUGUUGACUUUAAGGUAUUGCACCAGUGUCUGAACCCUGAAAACACAUGUACAACUCUUAUACUGUGCGCUUAGGUGUAUAAAACAAUGUAUUUGUACUUUUAGUUGCAUUUUAUGAUUUUUUGUACAAGUUUUAUCGUAUAUUGAUUGUUUAAUAUGAGAUAGGUUUGCCAUCCUCAUCUGUGAAUACAAUCACUGUACCUCUUUAUAAAAAUGACAUGUUAAAAAUCAGCAAAUGUUACUGUUUUUGAUCUGAAAACUUUAGUUCAUCAUUGAAAUGAUUGAAAGGGUUUAAAAAUGCU